AUGACUGCCAAGGCUACACCACCAGGACUUCCUGUCACUCGUCCAUGCCUGUCCUUCUGGCAGCGCACCACUCGCCACUCGCCUUUACUGAACGAGGGGCGCGAUGCGGAGCUGCCUGCUUCGGCGGAUGCCGUGGUCAUCGGUUCGGGAAUCUCUGGCAGCCUUACGGCGCUCGAGCUCCUCAGCAGCCCCAAUGGGCCCAAGAACGUGGUCAUACUUGAGGCACGGGAGGCUUGCUCUGGCGCUUCCGGUCGCAAUGCUGGUCAUUGCAGGCCAGACGCGUUCCGCGGAUUCUCUGCCUUCUCCAAGAUACACAACCCUGAGCAGGCGAUGAAAAUCAUCGCGCAUGAGAAGCUUGUGCUACAGCUAGUGAAAGCCUUCAUUGACAAGCAUAGCGUCCAAUGCGACUUCGACUAUUGCCGGACUUUCGAUGUCAUUAUGGGGCAAGACUUCUAUGACUACGUGACGGCGAGUUUCGAGGCAUACAAGGAGGCGGGUGGGGACACGUCUGACAUCGCAUGGCUUGACGCUGAAAAGGCGAAGGAGGCGACACGCGUACCAGGCGCAUUAGGUGCCUACGAGUGGACCGCCGCGUCCCUCCAUCCUGCCAAACUCUGUCAAGCUAUCCUCACCAUGAACAAAUCCCUCGGCAUGUCCCUCUUCACCCACACCCCCGCAACCUCCAUCGUCCCCUCCGACUCGCCCGACGCCCCCUGGACCAUACACACCCCGCGCGGCUCCAUCACCACCCCCCUCGUCAUUCACGCCACCAACGCCUUCGCCGCCACCCUCCUCCCCCAGCUCACCGGCCUCGUCACCCCCACGCGCGCCCAGGCGCACAAGCUUGUCCCUACCCCCGCUUAUACGGGCGAGGCGAUGCUCACGCACACCUACUCCCUCCGCUUCGCGCUGCACCACUUUUACAGCGUGAUACAAAGGAAGGGCGACGGUGCGAUCGUGCUGGGGACGAGCAGGGGCAUCCCAGGGAUCAGCGAGGCGACGAAGCGCGAGAUCUAUGCGAGCUCGCCGGACGAUCGCGUCGUCAGCGAGGAGCUGCAGGUGGAUGCGGUCGAUAGUUUCAAGCGCGUGUUCCCCGAGUGGGGUGAGGAGGCGCCAGGCGAAGGUGUCGAGUUUGGGUGGACGGGUAUUUUGGGAAUGACGCCCGAUUCUGUGCCAUUUGUGGGGGCGGUACCAGGCUUGCCCGGCCAGUAUGUUAUUGCGGGCUUCAAUGGGCACGGUAUGGCGCGCAUCUUCGGUUGCGCUCCUGGAUUGGCCAAGUUGGCCCUGGGUGGUGUUUGGGAGGAUACGGGGAUGCCCGAGGUCUUCCAGAUCAGCGAGGAACGGUUACAACGCCUGGCUUCUGCGGCAGUAUGA